CUUUUGCUUUUUUGAACCUUGUUAACGAUAUAGAGUAGAGUCUCCGUACUCUCAUUUUGCAUAUGAGAGAGUGCUACAAAGGUAGGUGCUGAGUUGGGUAAUUAGAGGUGAAGUGUUUUUGGUCUACUCCGUAUACAUCAAAGAUACGGAGCCCGACACUAUUCUUUCCCAACGCCUGUCAUUUGUUCUGUCAUCCGGCACUUUCUUCGGGAAGUGAAUACCAACUGUCCUGGUCUGAGAAAAAUCGUGCUCAACAAUGCUGGAGUGGAGUUUGGUCAAAAGGAAUUUAUUGAUAUUCUCGGCUGCCACUUAUGCCUUCGAAUCGUCGAGAUUGGUCUUCUUAUGUGUACCGACAAGAAUAGCCUACUCUAUAUUCGAGAGGGCGAUUUCCGCCAGUUGUCAAUCAUCAAAGACCGCAUUGCUUUUAGAAAUCUUGCCCAUGGUGUCCAUGAAGCUGGAUCAAUCAUGCGUUUCGCUGGCUGCCGAUGCUUUCCACCAUGUCUCGGAACUCGACUUGGACGCAGUUGGUUCACGACCUGACAUCUUUCGUUGGAUCAGCAAGAUGAGCCUUCUCCAGAUCAUCGAUAUGACUUUUAAGGUAGACAUGAGUCUUCAUCAGCAUGAUAUGAAACAGCUGUAGUUCCCGAGGCUGACAUCAUUAGUCCUCGGAGACCGACUGAGCGGAAGGGUGACACAGGGCCCCCCAGGACAAAGCUUCCUUCAAUCUUCUUUUCAGACUUGUACCAACGCUGUGGA